AUGUCGACGCCAACUCCCCCGGAAUCGCUCGUGCAAUAUGGCGAGCCAAUCUUCACGGGCGAGACGAUGGAUCCUCCAAAGAAGCUGCCCGGCGUUGUCAGCGCAGGCGCUUCCUCCAACUCGAUCACAGCAGCGACCGUCGUGGCAGCAGCCGCUGAAUCGGGCGGGUCGGCAGCGAACGGCAAAGGCUCCGACGGUGUCGCUCGGGUCGAAGAUGUCCUAAACGCCAUCUUGCCCCCUCAGAUGUGGUCCGAGGAAAACUCGGGAUUCUGGCUUCGAUACGCGUCGAGCGUGCCCUCGACCCGCUUCGACGUGCUCAAGCUGCAGGAAGCCCUCGACGCGAAGCUGCUGCAGCGCCAAGCUCGAGAGAGCGGCAUCUGUCCUGUGCGGGAGGAUCUCUACUCGCAGGCGUUCGAUGAACUGAUCCGAGAGGUGACGCUCAACUGCCCUGAGCGAGGGCUCUUGCUCCUGCGUGUGCGCGACGAGCUUCGACUCACUACGGAUGCGUACAAGACGCUAUACGACUCGAGCCUUACCUUUGGCGUGCGAAAGCAGCUGCAGGCCGAGGACGGCAUGGGCGAUUUGGCCGAGCAGAUCGCAAACCUUCAGCGCGACAAGGAAGAAAGCGAGAGCAAAGUGGCGGAGCUCUCGAACAAGCUCGAGGUGAUUGAGAAGCGGGCAGCCGAGCGCAAGGCCCUGCAGGAGAAGAAGUUCAAGGAGGAGCUGGACUUCCUCAAGUACCAAGGACAACACCUUGAUGCCUUCCUCAAGUCUGCUGGAGGGGGCACGACGGGUAUCUCCGCUGCAGGAGCCAAGUAG